AAAGUGCUUGACUAAUCGACAACACAAUAAAAGUGACUCUGCUGGAAAAAUGGACACAUUCUCCAAGACGAUGCGGAUGCUACCUGUGCUCUUUCUGGCGUUGAUUGCCACGAAAACGAUCUACGGAAACGAUUUUUAUUGCAAAGUCGGAUGGGCUAUGAAUGAGGAUUAUUGCAAGUUAUUGAAAUUCGAAUUGGCUAUGGAAAAUGUCCUGUCCGUGUAUCGAGCCCAAAAUAACGUACCAGACAUAUCUCCUGCUAGUCCGAUAAGCAGCCACAGCCGCACCGUUGGACUCGUACAAAAAAUAGCAAAACUAGUAUGUGGAUUUGGAGAGAUUUUAGUUGGCAAAUGGAACUGUAUUAAUCCGGACACAGAACAGAAAGUAUACGUGCCCAGUCAGCCAUCGAUUGUUGUGGUUCCCCAACAUCAAACAUCGCCGACGUUGCAACCAUGUCCGCCGACAUAUCAGCCACCAUAUCAGCCACAAAAUCGGCCACCAUAUCAGCCACAAUAUGAGCCACAACAUCAGCCACCAUGUCAGCCACAAUAUGAAACACAAUAUGAGCCACAAUAUGAGCCACAAUAUGAGCCACAAUAUCAGCCACCAUAUCAGCCCCCGAACGAGUUGCCACCAACAUGUACAGAAGUUCUACCAAGUGGACUGUGUGGAGUCUAUGUGGAAAAAAAAAUAUUUCCCACUGUCGGAAAGUCUGAGCUGCUAACCAUGGCCAUGGAAAUGCUUUCCGCCUUAAAAAAAAAAGGAUCGGAAAAAAAGAAAAACAAAAUCAUACAGGCCCACCUCGAAGCUAUCAUCACCCAGGCAUUAAGAGGUGGGGUCCAUGAGUCCGGAAUUAACCCCGACGACUUGGUCGACAAACUCAACUCUCAGUGCGGCAAUUUUGGGUGCAUAUACAAGUGCUCCAACAAAAAAAAUUGUAGUCUCGAAAAACUCAUCAGUGGCUAGCUAAUAAACGUAUCAUUGGCCCAUGAUGCUAUUUGAAUGCGGCGGAGAUCGGUAAUCCUUAAGUCAUUAAAGAUUAAACGAGAAAUCCUCACAAA